GCGUAUAAGCGUUUAAAUAGAUUAUUGGAUCCCUAGGAUCCUAUAUUUUACGUUAACGUGCAUUUGAUCAAGAUGGUACUAUCGUCAGCUUCGGUUGUCCAAUACGGGAGAAGAAAAGGUUCUGCGAAAAAGACUUCUGUAAAUGCUAAGGACGAGACAAUGCCUCCAGUUCAAGCUCCGGAUCUCCGGCAAGUGACUGUGGUACCAAAAGCGGAGUGGCUCCGAAUUCAUGACAACCUGAACCAUGUUAAUAAGCAGAACGAGAGCCUCAAAGAAGCGUCCAAGCAGCGGGGAAUACUGCACCUACGCUCACAAGAAGUGGUUAAAUUGUGGCCCAAUACCAUUGCUGGGAAACGACAAAAAGACUUGGAAGCCAAAAAACUUAAGAAGGAGAUGGAAGAAAAGGAAAGAGAACAAAUUGAUUUAGAGGAAGCCAAGUACCAGCAGGAGAAGCGAAAGGAAGCCAUUGAAAAAUCCAGAAUGCAACAAUACUACCAGACCGACAAAGUGAAGGGGCUUCAUUGCGCACUGCUGUUGUCAGAAGUUCUAAAGGAGCGGGAGGCUCAACUGGAGCUCAAACUGCAUCAACUGGACACCCGGCGAAAUGCAGACAGAGACACUGCUGCCCAGCUCCGGAGCCAGGACCAGGAGGCACUGAAGCGCGACCAGCGUGACGCAGAGCAGAAGAGGCAAAAAAACAAGCUCAUGGCAGAGGAACUAAAGCAGCAGAUAAUGGAGCAUGAGCUAAUUAAAGAGCAGAAGACGCUGGAGAGAACAAGAGAAAAGGAGGAACUGCAGCGGCUCCAGGACCUCUGCAGCUUGGAGAGGAGCAGACAGGAGCAGAGGCAGAGGGAGGAGAAGAGAAACACCAUGAAAACACAUAUGGAACAUUUGGCUAAACAGGACGCUAUCGGGGCUAUAAACAAACAAAAGGAGGAGAUGGAAGAGGAACGGAGGAGGCUUUUUGCUAGUGCUAAAGAGAAAAUGAUGAAACUGAGAAAUGAGAAAGAGGCUGAGAUGUUCAGGGAAGUCCAGUUGUACAAGGAGAAAAUAUUAGAGAAGCUGGCAGUGAGGAAGCAGGAGCAGGUGAUCGAUGAAGAGGAACGCAUCGCCAAGGCUGUGGCACAGAGGGAAGCCAGGCUGGCCAAGGAGCAGAAGGAGAAAGAUGAAAAGAAGGCAGCCAUGCUGGAUGCCAUUACCUCACACAGAGAAGCCAUGCGGCAACAAAGGGAGGAGAAGCAGAGAGAAGAUAAACAGAAGGAGCUGGAGAUGCUUUUUGCCCAAAAGGAAGCAGACAGAGAAUUCAGGGGAAAACAGCAGCUAAAGGCACAAAAAAUGAAAGAUGAUUGUAAAGCUCUGCAAGACACACACAUCCAGCAAAUGGCUGAAAGACAUGCCAAGGAGCAGCUUCUACAAAAGGAGCAAAUGGAGUUUGACAUAAAAAACAUGGAGCUUCUUACUAUGCAAGAGAGGCAGUUCCAAUCCUAUGCCCAACGAAUCAUCAGUGCAGCUACUGAGACAAAGAGAAACGCUUACCCACUGCAGAAGGCUGCCGGGCAGGACGGCAGCGGAAGGCUGGACCCCAUUUUAGCGGAACAGCGCUUUUUAGUCCAUGAUGAGACUGGCGUUCAGCUGCCUGCCUUUGUCUCCGAUGCUACACGAGUCAUCAAGGGGCUACAUUCAACUGAAGACAUUCAACAGUCAAAGAAGCGACUAGGGUUUGCCUGGUAAACUUAAGGGCUGUCAUGGUACCAAUCAGUUUGAUUUUUUUUGUUUCACCAAUUACAUUAAACCUAUAUUAUCUACA